CUCCUCUUGAACCAGACCAGCGAGACGAGGAGAACCGAGAAAUGCCGUCCACAAACAGAUGACGAGAGAGGUGACUGUUACAGUUCGAGAAGAUAUAUGUCCUCUUCGUGGACGUGUCGUUAUGCAUUGUUUGGCGAGAAUUUGUUACUUAGAUAUCCCUGCAUUAGAAGUUGUCACUAAAGGAACUAAAUUCUGAUUGAAACGGCGAUCCAGACGGGCACCGACCGUUGUUGUUGUAGCGCACCGAGUUACGUGUUUGACAAGUUUGUUAGCGACACCGUGCCAGGACAAGCUCGAAGAUUAGCCUUAGAAUGGCAAGGCUGUCAUGGAUAGUACACCAGUAUGGUGUUGUGUUGAUGUGUGUUUGUGUGAUCGCGAUAGCCGCCCAGGAGUCCGCGUCUCCAUCCCCGUCCCCGACACCUGCCCUUGCGACGGACGGCGAGAGUGACAAUGAAAUGUCCUCAUUGGCAAAAGGAGUCCAGCCUUUGUUUGAAAUGACAAACGUUUUCCUUGGCAAUAUAGUGCAACCUCACAGAAUUGGAGACAGUUUUAAUAUCUCUGUAUUUUUUGAUGGAAGUUUUUUUUCUAACCCACAAGAAACCUGGAAACCGCUGGCAGAGUAUUUUGUAGGAUUUCUGGUCUGUGGGAUCUUUGGCUUAUUAUUUAUUGUCAUAUUUCCAAUCGUUGGGUUGGUGUUUUGCUGUUGUCGUUGUUGUGGCCGUUGUGGGGGUAAGGCAGGUUCCCAUGACCCCAAAUCUGCCAAGUGCAAACGAGUCAGCUGUGGGAUAGCCCUUAUUGUGAUCAACACUCUAUCACUGUCUGCUGUGGUCUGCUUGUUUUUUACCAACGAGUUACUACAUGUGCAGACAUCAGACUCGAACAAAGGAGCAAUAAGUAGAAUUGAAAACAGUGUUCAGAGUUUAGAAAAAUAUAUAAAUGAGUCUUACUUGGGUUUAAAUGACAAAACGCUUGAGCUUUAUGAUCAGAAGAUCUGGAGCCCGACACCAGGCCCACAUCAAGGGCAGCUAUUACAGAACAUAAACUACACGGCAGCUGGAGCAGUAGAUCAAGUCCUCCAAAAAGUCAACGUUACAGAGGCCCUGGAUAAGGCUAAGGUCCUGUCACGAGAUGUAAAUGCCACACUGGAUAGUUUGCUGGCUGUAGAGGUCAGUCUGGAAAAUCUUACAUCACUGGGACAGCAACUUCAUGACAAUCUGACUGAGAUACAGGGUGAGAUCAUAAAGAAACUGGAAGACGCACAUUGUAAUAAAGACGUUUGCAUUAAUGUUCUACCCAUGGUCAGAAAUCUGAAGAUGGAGGCUAACUUUUCACGGCUUGACCGUUUGAGAAACAUAAGUUCUACAGUGCGGAAUGAUGUUAAUGUGCAAAGGGGAAUAGACGAGGCAGAAUCCCAUAUAACAAGAGUUAAAGAAUCUGCGAAAGAAAAGGUUCAAACUGAAGUCAACAAGGCAGUAAAUAUAGCCAGAAAGAUUCGUGAGGAUAUCAAGAGUGCCCUUGAAUCAGUUCAGACACAGCUAAAACAGGUUAAAAUUCCAGCAUCAACCCAGAGAUCAUUAAAUGAUGCUAAAAUAAGGGUUGAUGAGUAUGGGAAAUACUGGUGGUAUGCAGGGAUUGGUAUCAGCUGUCUGUGCUUGCUCAUCGUCGUUUUCCACUACUUUGGCCUGCUGUAUGGGUUUUGUGGAGAAAGGCCGGGGGAAGACGCACAGUGCUGUCACCGAGGCAUGGGUGCAAACCUUCUCAUGGCGGGUGUUGGUUUCAGUUUCCUCUUUGGCUGGCUGCUCAUGCUUGUCACAGUGAUACUUUUCAUUCCCGGAGGUGUUGUGUACACUGAGGUGUGCCGCUACAUGAACAGUCACAACCCACAGGAGCUCCAGGUUCUGGAUUCUCUGAGUGACCUGUUGGACCUGUCCAGUCUAUACAACAGCACUGAGAGGAAGCUGACCCUGGCCUCCAUCCUUGAAGAUUGCGAGAAUAACACCAGUGUUUAUGAAGCUCUACAGUUACAGCAUGUGUUUGAUAUACAAAAAUAUCUGAAUUUAACAGACCUGGACAAGAUCCUGGAUGAGAUCAGCCUUGUGAACCUCCAGGUGGACGAACUGACUGUGCCUCCUGGUCUGAUUGAUGCACUGAAGAAGUUUGGAGAGGCUGGUUUUCAGGAGAUAAAUACAACAGAGUACAAGAGUCAGAUCGACCAGAACUUGACCUCAGUGAAUCUGUACGACCUUGCCUCAACAUUGGAAAGGGUGGGCACACAGCUGGCGAACAGUAGUACUAAAAGCCUACACGGGCCAGAUCAUCAAGGUGACUUAAACAGAACACUGCACAACCAAUCUGCCCAGCUGCGUAGGAUUUCUGACACCAUCAUCGGGCAAAUGAAGAUACAAGUGACUAUCCUAAAUGAUUCUGUGAACAAUCUGGAGACAAAGAUCGACAUGAAGAGUGUAACAGAGCAGCUGAUUAACUCAAUACAAGAAGCUGAGAAUAAAUUCAACACAAAUGGCACAGAUAUCCUGAAAAAUAUUCUACCUGAGGAGACUAAGAAGGUGAAGGAAUCGGUGAGCUCAUUCGCUCAGGAUGUCGCUCAUCAGAUAACGAAAGAAGUGGGGAAGUGUAGGCCAGUGUAUGAUGCUAUAUAUUCUGUCAGUGAUGUGGCCUGUAAGGAUGUCCUUAAUCCUGUGAAUGGCUUCUGGUUUAGCCUGGGCUGGGUGCUGUUUUUUAUCAUUCCGAGCAUCAUACUGGCUGUGAAAUUGGCAGGUCUGUACAGGAAGGAAGAUGAAUAUGUGCCUGGUACACGCAUCCUGGAUGACCUACAUCCUGAAACUUAUUCCAACGGUGAGGCGCACAGUGACACCAUUCCUCUCACCAGUAUGAACAAAGCAGGACGGCCCAACACUAACGGUGGCAUGCCCAACUCAGGCUACCACCGGGAUGAGUAUGCUCCGAAAGCUCCGUAUGAAAGGCGUGGGUAUGUUGAUGACGGUCGGAAUUACGCCACAGGGGAUGGCUACCAGCCUGAAGGGGGCAGGUAUGGUGGAAAUGGUUACGCACCCCCACCCCGGGGAUACCCGGUCUACCCAAAUGGUAUGUCCUCCUCUGGCUACCCCGGACCACCCGUGGACCCGCCGUAUGCUAGAUACUAAUGCUAAAUCAAAUACCAGUGGCAGUGAUGUAGGCCGUGGACACAGACACUGGCGACCCUUGGGCGAGCAGAGGUGGGCUGUUGCCAGGAGUGAUCGCAGUGAUGAUUUGGACAACUAUCGCCCAUGGGGGAUGGGGCAGGGUAGUAACAAUUACACACUGGACACAAUAGACAGUCGGGCAAACUGACACCCAUCUCAUCACAUCAGCUGCUAGUGUAUAGACUUGUAUUAGUAAAUUGCCAUAUGUGUUUCAGUGUGCUUGUUGUAGUCAUUUUCCUCAUGUCUCCUUGAGUGUACAUUUCCCAGUUCAGGCUUUACACCCUGCACAUAUGUUUUGUAAUUUUUUUUCCUGUGUUAGCUAACUGUGUAAGCUACCUGUGUAAAACUCUUAGGCUAAAGCCUUCCCUAUCCCCAUGACCUAGUACUUACAAUAUGUGAUGUCAAGUCCUUAUAUAAUAUAUAUUAUGCCCCAUUAUACCCCAACAUUUGCCUCACCAAAAAGCAGCAAGCACCACCCCACACACCUCGUUUCUACCCCACCCCCCUCCACUUCUACCCCACCCCCACACUGCCUCACCCCUACUACCUAGCCUCAGCCUCCUUUGCUGCAGACUACCUUCACAGGACAUGACUUCCAGUUGGUGGUGUAUGACAUUCUCUCAUAGCACUCUUUAUAACCAACCGCCUCACCCCACCCUCAGUGUCCAUAUCUCUCACCCCCAUCCCAUCACCCAUGUCCCUAUAAGCAUUUGUUGGCAUUUGAUAGUACAGUCCUGCUGAUAACUGGUAGGCCUAGCUUUUUAUCUUGCAUGUGGUGGAUUUGAUUUCAUAUAUUCAUAUUUAUGAUGGUACAUGUAUAUAUUGUAAAGCUACUUUUGUAAUAAUAAAAAAUGAAGUAUUUACUAUUCAGUGGAUCGAACAUGUGUGUUUGGUUCAGUGGGUCAUGCACAUUUGGGUGUUUGGUUCAGUGCGUCAUGCACAUUUGUGUGUUUGAUUCAGUGGGUCAUGCAGAUUUGUGUGUUGGUUCAGUGGGUCAUGCACAUUUGGGUGUUUGGUUCAGUGGGUCAUGCACAUUUGGGUGUUUGGUUCAGUGGGUCAUGCAGAUUUGUGUGUUUGGUUCAGUGGGUCAUGCACAUUUGUGUGUUGGUUCAGUGAGUCAUGCACAUUUGUGUGUUUGAUUCAGUGGGUCAUGCACAUUUGUGUGUUGGUUCAGUGGGUCAUGCAGAUUUGGGUGUUUGGUUCAGUGGGUCAUGCACAUUUGGGUGUUUGGUUCAGUGGGUCAUGCACAUUUGUGUGUUUGAUUCAGUGGGUCAUGGACAUUUGUGUGUUGGUUCAGUGGGUCAUGCAGAUUUGGGUGUUUGGUUCAGUGGGUCAUGCACAUUUGGGUGUUUGGUUCAGUGGGUCAUGCACAUUUGGGUGUUUGAUUCAGUGGGUCAUGCACAUUUGUGUGUUGGUUCAGUGGGUCAUGCAGAUUUGGGUGUUUGGUUCAGUGGGUCAUGCACAUUUGGGUGUUUGGUUCAGUGGGUCAUGUGCAUUUGUGUGUUUGGUUCAGUGGGUCAUGCACAUUUGUGUGUUGGUUCAGUAAGUCAUGGACAUUUGUGUGUUUGAUUCAGUGGGUCAUGGACAUUUGUGUGUUGGUUCAGUGGGUCAUGCAGAUUUGGGUGUUUGGUUCAGUGGGUCAUGCACAUUUGUGUGUUUGGUUCAGUGAGUCAUGCACAUUUGGGUGUUUGGUUCAGUGGGUCAUGCACAUUUGUGUGUUUGGUUCAGUGAGUCAUGCACAUUUGGGUGUUUGGUUCAGUGGGUCAUGAACAUUUGUGUGUUUGGUUCAGUGGGUCAUGAACAUUUGUGUGUUUGGUUCAGUGAGUCAUGCACAUUUGUGUGUUUGAUUCAGUGGGUCAUGCACAUUUGUGUGUUGGUUCAGUGGGUCAUGCAGAUUUGGGUAGUUGCAUAGGAUGCAUGCAUGUUUUGCAGCAAACUGCCUGUUGAUUUUGAGGAAAAGAUGAUUUAAUCUUACAACAUGAUUCUACUAUUGUUAGAUUCUGUGUUGGAUAUAGAACGUACAGAUAUGCUCUGAGGAAAUGUAUAGAGCAUUGAGAUUUAACUACACUUUGUGAAUUCCCUGUGAUCUCAAACUCAGAUUCAAAGCCUUACCAUAUCAUCUGUAUUCCACUACUAAAACCUACGAGACUAACCUGUACACUGGAGUACGAACUUUGGUACAUAAAAUGUUUUGUAUGGGUUAACAGGCUUCCUUGUGUCAUAACUAAUUGAUAAUUGUGUAAAGAUUGCUGAUAGGUGCUCAUUGUUGAAUGUAUCAAUGUCAAUACAUGUAUGUACUAUGUUACAUUAGCAGAAUAACUGAAUACAUGUUACUUUGAGCUCAUUUUGUAAAUGACUGUAACAGUAAGUAAUUCUGUACAUGCGUAUUGCCAAAAGAAGAGUGGAUAUAUUAUGUUUGUACUACUUUAUAUAUAUGUAUAUAUUAUAAGAAACCAUAUUUGUAAACUAUUUCUAAUGUUGACAUUUGCCAUUUGAAUCUUAACGUUUAUACAUAUGUAUUUGUAAGCCUUACAUUUUCUAUUUGUAAACUUGGCAUUUUGUAUUUGUAAACUUGAAAUUUCUAUUAUACAUAUAAAGUAUAUGUGUGAUCUAUGUAGAUGAAAAUAUUUGUAUACAGUUGUUGUAAGACUGUCAGUUUUCAUGCUUCUGUCAACUUUCAGAAGGAUAUCAGAAUGAGAAGGGAACAGGGGUAAGGUGAUCAGUAUAAAGUCAUGUGACAAGUUGAUAUGUUACAUGGUAUGGCAGUAAUGCCAAAAGGUUCUGAAGGCUUACCCUGCCAAAUGACCAAUGUAGGACCAAUGUGCUUCAUCUGAUAAGCAAUAUUUAUGCACUUCUUGCACCUGUCACACCUGUCCAGUUAACAUUUGAUGGUCUGAAGACUUAGCCUGGUCAAGAGGCACCUGAUUUGACCAACCCAGGAUCGAAGUGCUUCACCUGACAAGCAAUAUCUGUCCAGUUGUUAUGUGAUGGUCUGGUGAUCUGAGGACUUAGCCUGGCCGAGAGGCACCUGGUUUGCCCACUCAGGAUCAAGUGCUUCACCUGACAGGCAAUAUGUAUACACCUGUCUGGUUGGCGUUUGAUGGUCUGAAAACAGCCUGGCCAAGAGGCACCUGGUUUGUCCCCACAGGAUCAAAGUGCUUCACCUGACAGGCAAUACCUAUACACCUGUUACACCUGUCCAGUUGGCGUUUGAUGGUCUGAAAACUUAGCUUGGCCAAGAGGCACCUGGUUUGUCCCCACAUGAUCAAAGUGCUUCACCUGACAGGAAAUACCUGUACCCCGGUCACACCUGUCCAGUUGGCAUUCGAUGGUCUGAAGACUUAGCCUGGCCGAGGCACUUGGUUUAUCCACUCAGGAUAAAAGUGCUUCGCCUGUCAAACAGUACCUGUAUGCCUGUCACACCUGUCCAGUUGGCAUUUGAUGGUCUGAAGACUUAGCCUGGCCAAGAAGCACCUGGUUUAUUCGUUCAGGGUCAGAGUGCUUCACCUGACAAGCAGUACCUGUACACUUGUCACACCUGUCCAGUUAGCAUGUGCCUUAAUAAACCCAUUAUUCUGAAGCCAUAAGAAAGACUAUGCAUUCAUUGUCCGCUCUCAUACGUCCAGAUUUCCAUAUUUUGAAAAAAUGUUCUGUACUGUUGUUGUUGUGAGCCCAGGACAAAGCCAGGUGAAUGUUCCGAGCAGUUCCGCCCACUACAGUUACUGUUCCCAUUCUCUGAUCCUUGGUGAUUGAUCGAUUGACAGUAAUCCAUCAGAAACAAUUAAAAUGUACAUAGUCUGUCACAUUGAUUACUAAGAGAAAUUGUCCCUCUAGUAGACAUUUUUCCCAUUUUUUUUUUCAUGUAAAGCUUUGUAAAGACAACCCUUACCUGUUGAUUACCAUCCGAAAUUUAGGCAAGAAUUACCAUGUUGAUGAUUGAAAUUGGAGCAUUCUGUGCAACACACAGCGAACAUGUUGGAUUUUUUACAGAAUCGGACUGUACUUUCUGUACAAGAUCUCUCUUAUUUUGAUAAUUAAGUAUUAUGUCAGAGAAGUUUACUAGUUAUGUGAUAGACUGUAAAUCUUAUAUAACGUCUUAAUAUGACAGGCUAUUUGUAAUGUUGCUAUGUUGCUGACUUGAUAUUUCUACUGUCAGAUCACAUGAUAGACAUUGUAAAUGAGAGAUGUUGCUAUUUUGUGUACUCUAUUUCGUUCGUUAAAUGUACUUUGUAUAUCUGAUGUUGAGGGUUGUGAUCCAAUUUGGUGCUAUGAACGUUUUCUGUCGGGCAACUUAAGGGCGUAAGCAAAUACGGACUGACCAGUGAGCAUUGUCUCGGUCCCGCAAUACGAGACAAACAUGCACUUGAAGCGCAGAUGACAGUUCUGUAAUGGAAAGGUAAUACAAUCCAAAUGCAUACGUCAAACUAGGCCGUAUUUUCAGACGUGUUGGGUUGGUAGAAUACUACGAACGCGUCACCAUAAUGAUAGCCGCUGUCGUAUAAGUGAAAUGUUCUUCAGUACGGCGUAAAACACCAAUCACACAAAUAAACAAAUACGAACACAUACCAGACCUGGCUCCGUUGGAGGAACACUUCAAACGUUUGACAAACCUGGCUCCCGUUGGAGGAACACUCCAAACGUAUGUCAAACCUGAUUUCCUUUGGAGCAACACUCCAAACGCAUGACAAACCUGGCCUCCGUUGGAGGAACCUUCCAAACGUAUGACAAACCUGGCCUCCGUUGGUGAAACACUCCAAGUAUGCUGUAAUCGUAUCUGUCAGCCAUGUGAUGUGUGAAAGGUACGCUCCAGACGUGUGUCAGGCGUUAAACGUGCAAAAAGGUACACUCUAGAUGUGGGUUAGUCAUUUUACAUGUACAUGUGGAAGCUGCACUCCCGACAGGUUGACCGUGUAGCGCAUAAAAUGUACACUCCAGAUUUAUGCCAAGCGGAUACCCUCAAGUUAUGUGGGUGUAGGUCAUGAUGUGAUGUACGAGGGGUGCACUCCAUGUGUAUCUGUUAGGCAGAUGUGUAUUAAAUAUUGUCAACUGCCUUUUUCCUGAUAGAUGGAACAAUAAGGACAAGCCCGUAAUGGUAUAGCAUAUUUUUCAAACCAAAUGUAUGACGAUCUCCAUAUCCCUUAUAAUAUUUGAUGGUUUCUGGGAAUCUUUCUUAAAAUACUUUGCUUCUAGAGCUUAAUGAUGUAAUAGAAAUCCAGUUUAUGCUGCGUUUGGGCUGGUGUCCAAAGUUGAGAGACUUUAUGGAUUUGUUUAAUUAACAAUUGUAUUUCGUCCAUCUCUAGAACUUUGUUAGACAGAUGCAAGUUAACUUGUCAAAAUACCCAGUUCAGUCUUUCUUUUAUAUCCAAUAGUAUGUCUUUAUAGAAAACUCUUUAUAGAAGACUAUAGAAUUGUCAUAUGCUUUGUAUGCCGAUUGGCAUGUAGAUUGGUUUUGUAAAGCCAUGUUUUAAUGUAUUGUUUUCAUUCGAUUCUUACUCCUCAUAUUAUGGUAUACCCAGAGUGAAAUAAAUUAGGUCAUGUUUACCUUUAAUUAUCUCUUA